UGUUUUGGAGCAUUAUGGCUCCGCGGCCGUCCUCAGGAGAGUUAUGGGGUUUGCACCUCAUGCCCCCACGCAUACUGGUGGACUGCUGUCUGCCCAAUGGUAUGCUGGUCAGUCUGGAGUGUCUGAGAGAGGCACCACUCAUCAGUAUCAAACAGCAGCUCUUCAGCGAGGCCAGGAAAUACCCCCUCUAUCACCUGUUACAGGAAGAGUCAUGCUACAUAUUUGUGGGCGUGACCCAGGAGGCGGAGAGGGAGGAAUUUUAUGAUGAGACACGACGCCUAUGUGACCUUCGUCUCUUCCACCCGAUCCUGAAGGUCAUCGAGCCACUGGGCAACCGUGAAGAAAAGAUCCUCAACAGGGAGAUUGGUUUUGCAAUAGGUAUGCCAAUCUGUGAGUUUGAGCUGAUGAAAGACCCGGAGGUGCAGGAUUUCAGGCGGAGUAUUCUGAGUGUGUGUAGAGAGGCCAUGGAGGAGAGGGAGGGGGGCGGUGCUCACACACAAGCCCUCUAUGUCUACCCCCCCAAUGUAGAGUCCUCACCUGACCUGCCACAACAUAUCUUCAGCAAAUUGGACAAAGGUCGCUUAAUCGUCACUAUCUGGGUGAUUGUGUCUCCUUCCAAUUCAAAGCAGAAAUACACGCUGAAGAUCACUCACGACUGUCUGCCCGAGCAGCUCAUCGCUGAAGCCAUCCGUAAGAAGACCCGUAGCAUGCACCUGUCUGCGCAGCAGCUCCGUCUGUGUGUGCAGGAGUAUCAGGGACAGUACAUCCUCAAAGUCUGUGGCUGUGAUGAAUACCUACUGGAGAAGUACCCCCUUAGCCAGUACAAAUAUAUCCGUAGUUGCAUCACAGUUGGUCGGCUACCUCACCUCAUGCUUGUAUCCAAGGACAGUCUAUAUAGCCAGUUGCCUGGCAACUCUUUCAUUGCCCCCUCUUACAGCCGUCGUACCCCCCAGCCCAGCCCGUGCCCAGGAGGAGGUGACCCCAGUGCCCCACGAUCACUCUGGGCAUUCAACACCCUGCUCAGAGUUCGCCUGCUGUGUGCCACCUAUGUCAACGUGAAUAUACGAGACAUUGAUAAGAUCUAUGUUAGGACAGGCAUCUAUCAUGGAGGAGAACCACUAUGUGACAAUGUCAAUACUCAGAGAGUACCCUGCUCCAACCCAAGAUGGAAUGAGUGGUUAUCUUAUGAUAUCUAUCUUACGGACCUUCCUCGCUCUGCCCGUCUCUGUUUGUCCAUCUGUUCAGUAAAGGGUCGCAAAGGUGCCAAAGAGGAACACUGCCCAUUAGCCUGGGGGAAUGUGAAUCUGUUUGACUAUAAGGACACACUGGUGAGUGGGAAGGUUGCUCUGAGCCUGUGGCCAGUUCCCCAUGGGCUGGAGGAUCUACUCAACCCCAUUGGAGUGGCGGGAUCCAACCCCAAUAAGGAGACUCCCUGUGUGGAGUUAGAAUUCUCCUGUUUUAAUCAGACUGUGAUUUUCCCUGACGAGCAACAGAUUGAAGAACACGCCAACUGGACCAUCUCCAGAGAACUGGGCUACAACUACUGUCUAGGCCUGAGCAGUCGUCUGGCAUGUGACAGCACGGUCUCACAGGUGGAUGCGGAGCAGUUGCGAACUCUGUGCAGCAGAGAUCCACUCUAUGAGCUGUCAGAGCAGGAGAAAGACUUCCUCUGGAGACACAGGCAUUACUGUGUGAAUAUUCCAGAAAGCCUUCCCAAACUACUGCUGUCCGUCAAAUGGAAUUCUCGGGAUGAGGUGUCACAGAUGUACUGUUUGUUGCGGGACUGGCCACUGAUGCAGCCUGAGAGUGCUCUGGAGUUACUGGACUGUAAUUUUCCGGACCCCAUGGUCCGAGAGUUCGCGCUCCGCUGCCUGGUACAGGGACUGACUGACGACAAACUCAGCCAGUACCUGCUCCAACUCGUACAGGUGUUGAAGUACGAGAUGUACCUGGAUAACCCCCUGGCACGAUUCCUCAUUAAGAAAGCACUGACCAAUCAGAGAAUAGGACACUUCUUCUUCUGGCAUUUAAAGUCAGAGAUGCACAAUAAGACAGUGUCGCGGCGUUUUGGGCUCCUGUUGGAGGCCUUCUGUAGGGGCUGCGGCAUGUAUCUAAAACACCUGAACAGACAGGUGGAGGCUAUGGACAAACUGGUCAACCUAACUGACACUCUCAAACAGGAGAAAAAGGACGAGACACAGAAGACGCAGAUGAAGUUCCUUGUUGAACACAUGUCUCGACCAGACUACAUGGAAGCACUUCAAGGUUUUGUCUCCCCUUUAAACCCAGUACACCAGCUGGGAAACCUCAGGUUAGAGGAGUGUAGAAUCAUGUCGUCAGCAAAAAGGCCCCUAUGGCUCAACUGGGAGAACCCUGACAUCAUGAGUGAGCUGCUCUUUACCAACAAUGAGAUCAUCUUCAAAAAUGGAGACGAUCUCAGGCAGGAUAUGCUGACUCUUCAAAUCAUUAAAAUUAUGGAGAAUAUUUGGCAGAACCAGGGCCUUGAUCUCCGGAUGUUACCCUAUGGCUGUUUGUCCAUUGGGGACUGUGUUGGUCUGAUAGAGGUAGUGAAGAACUCUCACACCAUCAUGCAAAUUCAGUGUAAAGGAGGCCUGAAGGGGGCGCUGCAAUUCAACAGCAACACACUACACCACUGGAUAAAAGACAAGAACAAAGGAGAGGCGUAUGACAGAGCGAUAGAUUUGUUCACUCGUUCCUGUGCAGGCUACUGUGUUGCUACGUUCAUCCUGGGCAUUGGAGACAGACACAACAGCAAUAUUAUGGUCAAAGAAAAUGGACAGCUUUUCCACAUAGACUUCGGUCACUUUUUGGACCAUAAGAAGAAAAAGUUUGGCUAUAAGAGAGAGCGAGUCCCCUUUGUCCUGACACAAGACUUCCUCAUCGUCAUAAGCAAAGGUGUCCAGGAAUGUACCAAGACAAAGGAGUUUGAAAGGUUUCAGGAGAUGUGCUAUAAGGCCUACCUGGCCAUUCGUCAGCAUGCUAGUCUCUUUAUAAACUUGUUCUCGCUGUUGCUGGGCUGUGGCAUGCCAGAGCUGCAGAGCUUUGAUGACAUAGCGUACCUGCGUAAGACACUGGCCCUGGAGAAAAGCCAGCAGGAGGCACUGGAGUACUUCACCAAACAGAUGAAUGACGCUCACCAUGGCGGGUGGACCACCAAGAUGGACUGGAUAUUUCACACUAUCAGGCACAUGCCCAACGAACAUUGAUUUACACACACACUACUACAAGUGCACUCAUGCAUACUGUCAGAAAGAUGGCCAACACACAUGAACUACAUACACACACACACUUACAUGUACUAUCAAAAAGUACACAUACACAUUCUACAAACACACACACAUACACAUUUAUUGCAGCACUACAAAAGCACUAGGAUUGUGGGACACACA